AUGGAUUUUUGCAGUCAUGACUAUGUCUGUCCUCCGCACCACUUGAUCUAUAGAGAAGAGCUGAAAAAAGAAGGUGAGAAGAAACUUGUUUGCUCGUGGAGGUACUGCAACAAACCAAUAUGGUGGGGUUCCCUCCACAAUUGCGUGGAAUGUGGUAACCGCCCUGUUCACAACUACUCAUCAUCCAACAAUCAUUGCUUGGACUUCAUUGAAAAGAUGGAAAAUGAAGUUUUUUGCUCCGGGUGCCACGAUCCAGUAUUGGGUCCCGCCUACAAAUGCUCUGCCUCCGAAUGCAGCUUUUUCAUUCACAAAUCAUGCGCCCAGCUAUCUUUGGAGAUGAAUCACCCUCUGCACCCAGACCAUGCCCUUUCUCUUUGGUGGUUUCAUGAUAAAAAAUAUUGUGAUGCUUGUUGUACGUCAUCUCAUAAUCCCUCUUUCUUUUACAAUUGUAAUUCGUGUGAUUUCUACCUUGACAUCAAAUGUGCUAAUCACUUGCCAACUAAUCCUAAGGACUGUCACCAACACAAAUUCUUCCCCUUAUGGAAGCAUAUCCAAUUCAAUUGCGAAGCUUGUGGAGAAGAAAUCACGAACCUCACCCAUAGAGAGUGUAGUAUCUGCAAACUCUUGGUUCACAAAAAAUGUGCUGCAAUUUCACGCAAGGUCAAAAUUAAGCUACACAAUCAUUUCCUCAACCUCCUUUAUUCUCCUCAUGAAACCAAUAAGCGUGACGACAUGUUUUGUAGAAAUUGCGGAGACAGGGUGAAUCCAGAGUAUGCGGCUUACUGUUGUCAACAAUGUAGUUAUGUUUUACACACGGAAUGUCUAAGACAUUUUAGGGAUAUACAUGGGGAGUCGCCCGAGUCAGUGCCUAACAAAUUUGUUAGCCAUGCAACUCAUUUGAUCAAGGUACUCAAUCAAGCAGAGGACGAAGGACCUCACCUCGGGGAGAUCCAACAUUUCAGUCAUCAACAACAUAAGUUAAUACUCUCCAAUGAUGAGAUGAAGGAUGAUAAGCUCUGUGAAGGGUGUAUGCAAUUCAUAACUUCGAUCCCGUUUUACAGUUGUGCACAAUGCAUCUUCUUUUUCCAUACUCGAUGUGUUGAACUUCCCACAACAAUUGAGCAAUACCCACUUCACUAUUUUCACUCGCUCACCCUCCUCCCACGAGCAUCUAACAAGAGUGGCGUGUUCUUUUGUGAUUUGUGUUCUUGUCAUCAUCGUGGCUUCACCUACAAAUGUGACACUUCUUGGUGCGGAGAGACUUUUGACAUUCAAUGUGGUUCAAUUCCAGAAACCCUUAAACACGAAGGUCAUCAGCAUCUCUUCUACCUUGCUCAAGAUUCUAAGAAAAGAAAAUGCAAAGCUUGUUUUGAGGACAACGAGGACUAUGUCUUUGUCUGCACCAGUUGCGAUUUCAUCUUGGGAAUUAGAUGUGCAAAUCUUUCACUGGUCGCGAGGCAUAAAUAUGAUACACAUCUCCUGAAGCUUACAUACGCAACUGAAGAUGACUCUAGAGAAUAUUAUUGUCUAAUUUGCGAAGAAGAAAGAGAUGAGAACCAUUGGUUCUAUUACUGUAAAGAAUGUGACUUCCCCGCUCAUCCCGAAUGUGUUCUUGGGAACUAUCCACGUAUCACGAUUGGGAGUACUUACAAAAGUGAAUAUCAUGAGCACCUUCUCACUUUUGUCCAGAAGACUGAAGACUCACUCGAAUGUGAUGCCUGUUCGGAUGAGUUUGACGGUGUGGCCCUAGAAUGUAGUGAAUGCAAAUUUAAUGUCCACCCCCCUAGACAUUAUUACCCUGAUUGUAUGUGGAUACUAAGUGAACGGAGACGGUAG